AUGGUUGAAUUGGAGAAGAACUCCACUGAAGAGCUCAAGAAGAGGACACGAAAGCGAAACCGUGGGAAGAAGAACGACCAGCUAAAGGUAGAUGAAGAAACCCACAGCGUAGAAGAAAAUGCAGAUGCAAUCCAGGAGAAGAGAGAAAAGAAGGUUAAGAAAGUGAAGUUGCAGGGGAAAGGCAAAAUUGAGGAAAAGGAAGAGGCAGAGGAAGAGAUGGAAGCAAAGGAAGAAGAAGAAGAAGAAGAAGGUGAAGAGGAGAAGAAGAUGGUGAUUGUGAGCAAAGGGAUAAUGACAAAUGAAACCUUUGAAUCGCUGGACUUAUCUGAGCUUACUUUCGAAGCUAUCAAGGAGAUGGGCUUUCAGCACAUGACGCAAAUUCAAGCUGGAUCAAUUCCUCCCCUUUUGGAGGGGAAAGAUGUUCUUGGUGCUGCCAGGACUGGCUCUGGUAAAACUCUUGCUUUUCUCAUUCCGGCUGUUGAGUUGCUCCUUAAAGAACAAUUCCGUCCUCGCAACGGGACUGGUGUGAUCGUUAUUUGCCCCACAAGGGAACUUGCUAUUCAGACUAAAAAUGUGGCGGAGGAACUACUCAAGCAUCAUUCACAGACAGUAAGCAUGGUUAUUGGUGGCAAUAACAGAAGGUCGGAAGCUCAAUGCUUAGCGAGGGGUGCAAAUUUGUUGAUAGCAACUCCUGGGCGUCUUCUUGACCAUCUUCAACAUACAAAGGGUUUCAUUUUUAAAUACCUCAAGUGCCUUGUGAUCGAUGAAGCUGAUAGGAUACUGGAAGAAAAUUUUGAGGAAGACAUGAAUAAGAUUCUGAAGAUUUUACCAAAGACUAGGCAAACCGCGCUAUUCUCUGCCACCCAGACCUCUAAGGUUCAAGAUCUUGCUCGGGUGUCGUUGACGUCUCCUGUUCAUGUUGAUGUCGAUGAUAGUAGACGCAAGGUGACAAAUGAAGGAUUGGAGCAAGGCUAUUGUGUUGUCCCGAGCGAGAAAAGACUCAUCCUUCUAAUCUCUUUUCUGAAAAAGAACCUGAACAAAAAAAUAAUGGUGUUCUUCUCGACAUGCAAGUCGGUACAGUUCCAUGCCGGAAUCAUGAAACUAAUCAAUGUGGAUAGCUGUGAUAUCCAUGGAGGACUGGAUCAGAACCGGAGAACUAAAACCUUCUUCGACUUUAUGAAAGCAGAAAAAGGUAUCUUGUUGUGUACUGAUGUUGCUGCCCGUGGUCUCGAUAUUCCUUCAGUGGACUGGAUUAUACAGUACGAUCCUCCAGACAAGCCAACGGAAUAUAUCCACAGGGUUGGUCGAACAGCCCGUGGAGAAGGAGCAAAGGGAAAGGCAUUGCUUGUCUUGAUCCCUGAAGAGCUUCAGUUUGUUCGCUACCUUAAGGCUGCAAAAGUACCUGUAAAAGAGCUUGAGUUCAAUGAGAAGAAGCUUUUGAAUGUUCGAUCUGCGCUGGAGAAAUAUGUUGCAAACAACUACAGUCUAAACAAGUUAGCCAAGGAAGCUUACCGGGCUUAUAUCUCAGCAUACAAUUCACAUUCUCUGAAAGACAUUUUUAAUGUUCACCGGCUCGAUCUCCAGGCGGUUGCUGCGUCCUUUUGCUUCUCGUCGCCGCCAAAAGUGAACCUGGGCAUAGAAAGUGGAGCUGGGAAGGUGAGGAAGGCGAGGAAUCAGCAAAGUCGUAAUGGCUUCUCUCCUUACAGUCCCUAUGGCAAAGCCAAGUCCACACCUAAAGAGGCUUAA